UAAAGUUUGUCCUUGCCGCAUACCGUAGUUGGGGCACCACCGCGCUGCUGUUGGAGAAAGGUGAGCCCUCAGCGGAAAACAAACUACAUAACAACAUUAAGUUAUCGUAGCGCCAUACGUAGUGAGGAAUUAUGGGCAACACAAGUGACAGGGUGGCUGGAGAUCGCCAUGGAGCCAAGGCCCACCGCUCAGACAGCAGCGGCAGUCACAAAGACCAAGAACCCAGCUGUAAGAUGGUGGACAGCACAGAUGAUCCCAACAUCUUCAACACCCAUGGGCCAGAUUCCAAGACAUUAGGAGAGAAAGAAUUCACCCCAGACCUGGAUGACCUGGUGAAAACUACUCCUCAGGCUCGGCCCACGGUCAUCCGCUGGGCCGGAGGGGGAAAGGAGGUCUACAUAGCUGGUUCUUUUAAUAACUGGAACACAAAGAUACCACUAAAUAAGAGCCAUAAUGACUUUGUAGCGAUCCUGGACCUACCAGAAGGAGAGCACCAGUACAAGUUUUUUGUUGAUGGACAGUGGGUCCACGAUCCCUCAGAGCCAGUUGUAACCAGCCAGCUUGGCACAAUCAACAACUUGAUCCAGGUGAAGAAGUCAGACUUUGAGGUGUUUGACGCCCUGCAGGUUGACUCUCUGGAGUGCUCAGACACAUCAGAUCUUUCCAGCUCCCCUACAGGUCCAUAUGGGCAGGAGCAGUACAUCUUCAGACCUGAGGAGCAUUUCAAAGCCCCACCUAUACUCCCCCCUCACCUCCUUCAAGUUAUUCUCAACAAGGACACCAAUAUAUCAUGUGACCCUGCCCUGCUGCCUGAACCCAACCAUGUCAUGCUAAACCACCUUUACGCUCUUUCGAUAAAGGAUGGAGUGAUGGUGCUGAGUGCGACUCACAGAUACAAGAAGAAAUACGUCACAUCUCUGCUUUACAAGCCCAUCUAAACCUCCACUGUGCUUUCAGAGAGCAGCGUGUUUGUAUUCUGCUGUUUUUUUGUUUGUGUCGUCACAUUUAGCCAAAUCUUGCACUGAAACAAGUUUACAGACGAGCUGAAGGCCAGUGGCUCAGACUGUGGCUUGGUUUUUAAAAGGCUGCACUUCACAGGGCUCCGAAUUAAAAUUUGCAAAGUGUGUGUGUGUGUGUGUGGGUGGGUUGUCAGAGAGAGAUGACAUACCUGUGACAUGUACAGACAGUUGAGAGACUGGCUAAAUCACUGUGUGUAUUUGAGUGUUUGCAGCAACCUGUGAGUUCACGCAUGUCUGUUUCUUCAGUGGUGAUUUAAGGACGUUCUCUUUAAGAGAAGGCUUUUGCGUGUAAUUGAUGCGGACAGUUUGAUUUUAUGUUGUGUCGUCAUAUCCUCCCUGAACUUGUUGAAUUAAGUUUUGAUCUAACUGAGCAGGUGGCAUUUUAUGGUGUGUGCAUGCAAAAUCAGGGUCUAGGGGCUGAAGAGAGAAGCAGACCUGUCUUUGAUUGAACAUGAAGUGCAAUAACCUGCCGUAAAAGAGAACUGCAUUUUAACUCAAGAUAGACAAAACAGUAGUGAGGCAGCAGUGAUCAACAUCUUCUUUUGUCAGUAAGUACAUGUUGGCUUGAAUUUCUCACAGUUCAGCCAUCAUUCAGUGGAAUCUACAGCAUGGACUAAACUACCAACAAGCUCAAGAUUCCAGUUUUGAUAAUGUUAUGGUCACUAAAGAUGGAAUACUUUUCUGUGUCAACAGGAUGAGCCCACUUCCCAAUGAGGAAUGGUGGUCAAAGGUCGAUGUUUAGUUCUGCUGUUGCCUUUAUCUUGACAUAAUUUUGUGAGCACUUUACCAUCCUGUGAGCAGGAAUGUUAAUAUAAGCUUUUAACUAUGCAGCAGACAACUCUUGUACUGUGGCUUCUCUGAACUAUAAAACCCCUAUUGUUUUAGAUAUGAUGAACUUGCAGUGCUUUAAAAUGUGUGUGCAUCUGUAUUGAUUUCUGUUUAUGUAAUAGGAAUGUACUGUAUCUGUUACAUGUAUAGUCAUACACUCAAACAGUUUCAACAUUGCUGCUUUGCAUGUAUUGAAUGUGUGCAACAUGCGAGGCCAUGACACAUUGACAGAGUGUGGUACACAUCCAGAGGCAGGCUGGCCGCACACACACCAAUUUACAGGGCUAUGAGGAUAGAUAGUUGCCGUGGAUUUAAAAGUUGUACAAAGUUUGUUCACGUGUGUUCUUUACAAUGUAACCAUUUAAGCAAAUCUGUAUUUUGAGGUAAGGUGGCAAUGAAAUAAAUUUUUAUUCUCACAUGUAAGUCCCGCUGUUUAAUCAGCUGCACUUACAGUACAAUGUAUACCCACAGUUGAUACACUCUACGGAUUUAUAAAAGGAGCUUUCAUAAAUCCUGUCGGUGUUCAACCAGACGCUCUGAAAGUAUUUUGUAAAUGUCGAGCCUAGCCACGAAGUUUUGUCCAAAGGGUUUUUAGGACUUACACAUAUGAUAAGGGAGUAUAGACAAGCGCCAUGGACAUGUUUAAAGGUGUCAAACCAAAACUUGAAUUUUACAACCAUUUCAUGAAUGUUUUAAAGUGCUUUGCAGAACCAGUGUGAUGAUGGACUGUCACUACAAGGUUUUGCUUGUUUGCAAAUAAAGAGAGGACACGGUCCUAA